AUGGACACCAUUCACGAGCAUGAGUAUCGCAUCCGCGACCUGCCUACACGGUCUAUCACUCUCUUCCCGACCCGCACUCAAGUUGUUCGAGAUAUCAAGGAUGUGAUUCUCAAGCCCGGCCUGAAUCAGAUUUCCGUCAUCGGAUUGACCCCUACCGUCGAUGCGCACUCAAUCAAGGUAGAUGGAACUGGUUCCGCAGUUAUCAGUGAUAUUUCGGUCGAGCUAGUCGAGAACUCAGACAUCUUCCAGGAGAUCUACCCUGAUUCGGACAACGAUGACAACUCUGAGACAUCAGGCGACGAGGGUAGUGAGCGUGGUUCGGCAAAGCUUACAGACGAUGACACUCUCAGCCCUGCCAAGACAGCAUUGAAGGCGGUUAAGAAGGAGAUAGUGGCCUUACUCGACGAUGCCAAGCGUGCAGACGAGGUGGUCUCAAGCGCAGAGAAGCGUUUGGGUAUGCUUGAUGAGUUUGGAAAGAAGUUCGAGCCCAAGGCUGGAGCAGAGGUCGGCGACAUCGUUGAUGUCUACACCAAUCAGCGAAGCAAGACGUUCAAGGACCACAUGGACGGAACAAUUCGCCAGCGCGAGCUCCGUGACGAACUCGUCCGCCUUCGAAAGACCGAGGAGAAGCUCGAUGCGCAAGUCCGUAAGGAAGACCACAAACGCAACAAGGCUUCUAUCAAGCAACGGGAAUCCAAGCGCAAGGCAGAGCAACUCAAAGCUGUCCGCCUGCAGAAGAAAGCUGCACAGAAGCUGCGAAUUCGCAACGAGAGAGAGAAGUUCUGGCCACGCUCUUGCUACACUGUCCGCAUCACUCUUGACGCAACUCACUACACGCCUAUAUCUUCUCGCCGAUCUUCAGUCUCCUCUGUUACAGACCUAGUGAAGCCCGUCGUCGAUAGUCCCGCUGAUUCUGCAUCGACGAUGACCGAAACCCCGUCUCCGGCCUGCGAUAUCUCGAUCUCCUAUGUCACAUCUGCAGCCUUCUGGUCGCCGUCCUACGAUCUGCAGCUUAAUACAACCGCUAACACCGGUACACUUUUCUUUGACGCGCAAUUGACUAACAACACCUCUGAAGCAUGGAAGGAUUGCAAGAUCAUCCUUUCCACCUCCCAGGCUGUCUUCUCUGGGCUACAAGAUGAUAUCCCAAAACUCGUCCCUUGGCAUAUCAAGCUGGCUGGAAGAUUUUCCGGGGCUCAAGGGGACAUAACAAACAGCAGCCAAGAGAUGGAAUAUCGGCGCAAAUCACAGAAAUUGCCCGCCUCUGGAUCCCAUGGGAACACAGGUGCCAGCCUCAUUGGCCUCCGCCCUGGCCCUUUCAUGCACCAGAGGAACCUAUUUGGGAUCCCUGAUCCAGCAAAGGGAACGUUAUUCGGUAGCGCUCCGCAGACGCAAGCAUACCAACAUCAACAACAGCUGCAAGUGCAGGCACAGCAGAUGCAGGUGCAGCAGAUUCAGGCGCAGCAGAUGCAGGCGCAGCAGAUGCAGCAGCAGCAGCCGUCUGAAAGCCGCAGUGGUGGAUUGUUUGGCUCUGCACCUGCUAGCAACCCAUUCGGUCAACCUACCGCCGCCCCCCAAUCUAGCGCAUUUGGCGCUCCGGCCCCGCGUCCGGCCGCUGUGUCAUCCUUAUUUGGCCAAGUAAGUCAGUCGCGCGCCAAAGAAGCUGCGGUUCCUGAGCCUGAGGUCACGCUCCUCGAGCCUGAGCCCUCACUUGCCUUCCAGGAGUCCGCUAUUGAGGAAACCGGUUUGACUACGACCUACGAUCUCCCCGGAUCCAAGACGCUCGCCCCUAGCACCACCGCGUCGAAGCAGCGCGUCGCCAAUGUCUCCUUCAGCAAUGUCGCGUUCAGCCACACUGUCGUGGCCAAGUAUCGACCCGCUGCGUUCCUGAAGGCCAAGUUGCGCAACGCCAGCAAGGUGUCCCUUCUCAAGGGUCCUGUCGGCCUUACCCUGGAUGGCACUUUCCUGGGUCGCUCGACGCUGCCACGGUGUUCUUCGGGAGACUUGUUCACCAUGAGCCUUGGCAUUGAUCCUGCGAUCAAGGUCGUCUAUCCGAAGGCGGACGUCAAGCGAAGUUCGAGCGGUAUGUUCACCAAGGAGAACAGCACGGCUUAUAUGCGGACCAUCAUCAUACAGAACACCCGCGGAGCUUCUUCGGCGGGCGCCAAGGCAGUCCGCUUGCUCGUUGUCGACCAGGUACCUGUCAGCGAGGACGACAAGCUGAGGGUCGAGGUCGAGCAGCCUCGCGGCCUGGUCGAGGAUGGCAAAAGCGUCAGCGCCGGAGUACAGGAGGGAAAUGCGAAGGAUAGCAAGGACUGGGGCAAGGCUGACGCCACAUUAAAGAAGAGUGGCGAGGUCAACUGGAACGUUGAGCUGAAUGCCGGUAAAAGCGUCAAGCUGCACCUGGAGUACGGUGUCUCAAUGCCUGCUGGAGACCAACCGGUUCAGGUUUCCGAGACUCCUCGCUGGUAG